GUGUGCCGCCAUUGGCAGGACGUUGCACAUUCAACGCCAGAGAUCUGGUCGCGCAUCAAAGUCAUGCUUCCCGGAAGACUCGUCAAGCCACUCAAGCCAUUCUUUCCCUCUCUACUCCAGGUUUGGCUCGCUCAGUCUGGCAAUCUACCUCUCACCAUUUGCAUA